GUUGUCUUGAGAUCAGCACUUCUCCUUUCACAUUCAUACAAGCCUCCGGAUCUAGCAAUCUUCCUGGACGACCUACUGACAGCCCUAGCGAACGGCAAUGCGGUGAGCACGACCGGUCUUUCUCAUAUUGUUCGCCAAAGCAAGGACACCGCCGUCAAUUGGGCGUGCGUCUGAAUCGCCAUGAUACCUUAUAUCAACGUCCCUUUCGACUAUGUGUCUGGACUCCUCGGUGCUGCCACUGACGAAGUCAAACUCAUCGUCCUCUUCCUCCUUUCAUACCCUCUCGCGGCUAUCCUCAAACGACUACCAGACGAUAAACCGCAGGUCAAGAAUGUCUUCAACAUUUCCGUGGCUAUCUUCUACCUGGUUGGACUCUUCGAUUUAUGGGGAGGCCUGGUCGUGAUCCUCAUCGAUGCUAUCGGGACGUAUCUCAUCGCCGCCUAUAUACAAGGUCCAUACAUGCCAUGGGUUGGAUUCGUGUUCCUCAUGGGCCACAUGUCCAUCAGCCACAUCUACCGCAUGAUCGAAAACAAUCCCAGCUCAGUCGAUAUCACAGGCGCCCAAAUGGUCAUGGUCAUGAAGCUAUCAGCCUUUUGCUGGAAUGUGUGGGACGGUAAGCAGAAGGACUCUGACCUCAACGAUGUGCAAAAAGAGCGGGCAGUGAAGCAGCUCCCGGACAUUCUCACCUAUGCUGGCUUCGUGGCCUUCUUCCCGUCCGUCAUGGUCGGCCCGGCAUUUGACUUUGUCGAUUACGACCGCUGGCUCAACACUACAAUGUUCGAUCUUCCACCAGGCACGGAUCCAACGAAGGCUCCUCCGACUCGCAAGAAGAGAAAGAUUCCGCGCAGCGCUACACCAGCCACGUUCAAGCUCGUGACCGGACUAGUCUGGAUUCUUGCGUUCCUACAACUUUCCGCCUACUCCAAUGAAGACGUCGUCCUAAGCGAUCGGUACCGCGACAUGAGUUUCUUCUGGAGAGUCUACCACCUUCACAUGCUCAGCUUCGUGCAGCGAAUGAAGUACUACGGUGUAUGGACUCUGACUGAAGGAGCCUGCAUUCUAUCUGGUAUCGGCUACAAGGGCAUCGAUCCGAAGACCGGCAAACCCAAUUGGGAUCGCCUCACGAACAUCAAGCCUCUUGGCGUGGAGCUUGCACAGAACAGCCAUGCUUACUUGGGCAAUUGGAACAUCAACACGAAUCACUGGCUGAGGAACUACAUGUAUCUCCGCGUGACACCAAAAGGAAAGAAGCCUGGAUUCAGAGCGAGUAUGGCGACCUUUGUUACCAGCGCUUUCUGGCACGGCUUUGCGCCGGGUUAUUACAUGUCAUUCAUUCUGGCCAGCUUCAUCCAGAACGUCGCAAAGAACUCUCGCCGACUCCUCCGCCCAUUUUUCCUCACGCCCGACGGCAGCCAAGCCACGUCCAACAAGAUCUAUUACGACAUCUUCACCUGGCUUGUGACGCAGCUCGUCUUCUCUUUCACCACAGCACCCUUCAUUCUCCUCAGUAUUCGCUCCAGCACUCUCGUCUGGGCCCGCGUCUACUUCUACGCCAUCAUCGGCGUGUUGGGAUGUAGCAUUUUCCUCGCCACUCCCGGAAAGGCCUGGUUGUCGAAGAAGGUCAAAGCGAGAACCGGAGCUUCGAGACCGGGCAUUCGUAGGAACGAGAGUCAGGAUCAUCUGGAGGGCGCGACACUGGGUGUGCCUGUCAACCCAGGCAAGGAGUUUGAUGAGAUGGUGGACGAGAUUGUAGAGGAGGUGAAGAGGAGACGGGCUGCGGGCAAUGGGGAUAAGGGACCCGAGGGUGCGGAGCUGAGGAGUUUGGUGGCGGAGACGUUGAAGAGGACGACUAGUCAGGAUGGUGGGAAGAAGGAGUUGUGA